AAAAAAAAAGAAAAGAAAGUUUAUUUGCUAAAACCUUAUGUCGACAGUUGUGUUAAAGGAAGGUCAUGUUUUAAUGAAUAUAUCUUCUGGAUCAGAAAAACACAGCUUUGGAUUUUGCGCUUGGGUACUAAUAAUAUUAUCAUUUCUUAUUGUGAUAUGCAGUUUCCCUUUUUCACUCCUUUUUUGUCUGAAGAUUGUACAGGAAUAUGAAAGAGCUGUUAUUUUUCGAUUAGGUCGCCUGAUAAAAGGUGGUGCUAAAGGUCCGGGAGUUUUUUUUAUUCUUCCAUGUAUUGACAACUAUAAAAAAAUUGAUUUGCGUGUCAUUUCUUUUAAUGUGCCUCCCCAAGAAAUUUUAACUCGAGACAGCGUAACAGUAUCUGUUGAUGCUGUUACGUACUUUCGUGUUUCCAAUCCCAUUGCAUCAGUUUGCAAUGUAGAAAAUGCAAGCCUCUCAACUAAGUUGCUUGCUCAAACAACUCUUUGCAAUGAACUUGGGACAAAAAAUUUAUCUGAAGUGCUUAUGGAGAGGGAAAACAUUAGUAAAAAUUUGCAACACAUACUUGAUCAAGCAACAGAGCCAUGGGGUGUUAAAGUAGAAAGAGUUGAAAUUAAAGAUGUUCGUCUUCCACAAAUGUUACAGAGAGCAAUGGCUGCUGAGGCUGAAGCUUCAAGAGAAGCACGAGCUAAAGUUAUUGCUGCAGAGGGUGAGAUGAACGCAGCUCGUGCUUUGAAAGAAGCUUCAGAUGUAAUUAGUGAGUCACCAAGUGCUCUUCAACUUCGAUAUUUACAAACUCUUCAAACAAUAUCAGCUGAAAAAAAUUCCACCAUUAUUUUUCCUCUACCAAUCGAUUUUAUAAGUAAUUUUAUAAAAAAUCAUUAAUAAACGCUUUUUUAAAUUUUAAAUAAUUUCUUUUAAAAAAUUUUCAUCUAAUAUUCGCAUUUGAGAGUUUUAAUUGCUUGUAAUGUAACUUUGGAUUUUAACCUUUUAGCAUAUAUUUGUAGUUGUCUGUAAUUUUAUUUUUACGAGUAACAGAUCUUUGCCUA